AUGACGAAAACUAUUGAGAUAACAAACUACAACGGUCAUGAGUUCAAGAAUUUGUUCUUUGUUCCUCGUGAAAAUACAUUCUAUCAGAUACGAGGGAGAAAGGGUAAAGUUAGUUUGAGCGUUUAUGAUAGUAAACAUAAUGGAAAGUUUAUACAAGCAUAUGAUACAAACGGUAAGCGUGUUUCAUUAGCUUUGUCAAAACUUACUAACAUUUAUUUUGACAGUGACUUUGACCUAUAUGAAGAAGAAAGUGAGUCAGAAGAUUAUGAGUUGUUAUGUGAAGCACAGCAAUGGGAGGAGUUGCAAUACUUUUGUAAGUGA